CGCGCCCGGAGCCCCCGGCACACGGGCACUUCUGGCGCGGCAGCCAAUCAGCGCUGGGAGCCGCACGUGACCGCCGCCCUGUGAGCCGCCAAGAUGGCGCUGCCCGGGGCCGCGGCCCGGGGGGGGCUUUGGCGCCUCGGCCCCGCCGCCCUGAGCCCCCCGCGGGGCCCGAUGCAGCCGCAGCUCGCUCUGGCCGUGUCCAGCUCCCCGCUGUGUUCCCAGGUCCGUUCUCUCUCGUCCCGCGCCUCCUCCCGAGCCCUCGUGGCCGCCGUGGCCGCCGCUGCCCGGCGGGUGAGCGCCCGGUACGAGCGGUACCUGGAGAGGAGCUGGCCCCGGUUCUACCUCCUGCACAGCACCUUCAAAACGGGGGUGCAGGCGCUGUUCCUGGAGGUGCAGGAGAUCAGGAGGAUCAGGGCCAGGAUGGCCCAGCUGCAGCUGAGCCCGCAGCAGCUCCCGUACCGCGACAUGGAGCGCCUGCGCCAGUUCCGCAGGGACGUGCUCAAGGCCAUUCCCAUCGGGAUCAUCGCCAUCCCCCCCUUCGCCAACUUCCUGGUGCUUGUCCUGAUGUAUUUCUUCCCUCGGCAGCUGCUGAUCAGGCACUUCUGGACGCCCAGGCAGCAGCUGGAGUUCCUGGAUGCCUACGACUGCCGCCGCAGGGCCUCGUACCCGGCCGUGCUGCGGGCGCUGGCGCGGGCAGCGCGCUCCCUGCCCGAGGCCCAGCCCCAGCAGCUCCUCCUGCAGCUCUGUGCCCAGGUGCAGGGAGGUGCCCAGCCCGGCCUGGCCCAGCUCCUGGCUGUGAGGAGUUUGUUCUCGGGGUCCCUGCUGGUGCUCAACAGGCUCCAGGUGGAUCAUGUGGCCUGUUACCUGCGUGGGCUGAACUCCACUCACCUGGGCCAGGCCGAGUGCCAGGCGUGGCUGGAGCAGUGGCUCAGGCUCUCCUGUGAGCUCCAAGCCUCGGAGUCCUCUCUGCUGGCCCACAGCAUGGUGCUGCUGGCCCUCAACCACAGCCAGCCCCCCGAGUGACAGCGGGUGCCAGCCGUGUCCCCUGCCAGCUGCUGCUGCCACGUCCCGAGCCGGCCGGGCCGUGCCCUCGCGGCCUCCGUGGCACGGCCACCAGAGCUGCUGGCUUCCUUGUUCCAGUAAUUAACCGCGUCUCGUUAAUUGUGGGGAGAGCGAGCGGCUCCCUCAGCUGGGGGUGCUCCUGUGGGAUCUGCUGGAGCCUCUGUGGGAUCUGCUCAAUGUUCCUGUGGGAUCUGCUGGAGCCUCUGUGGGAUCUGCUCAAUGUUCCUGUGGGAUCUCCUGGAGCUUCUGAGGGAUCUGCUCAGUGUUCCUGUGGGAUCUGCUGGAGGGUCUGUGGGAUCUGCUGGAUGUACUCAUGGGAUCUGCUCGAUGUUCCUGUGGGAUCUUCAGGAUGUUCUUGUGGGAUCUGCUCAAUGUUCCUGUAGGAUCUGGUGGAUGUUCCUGUGGGAUCUCCUGGAGGUUCCUGUGAGAUCUGCUGGAGGUUCCUGUGGGAUCUGCUCAAUGUUCCUGUGGGAUCUGAUGGAGGUUCUGUGGGAUCUUCAGGAUGUUCCCAUGGGAUCUGCUCAGUGUUCCCGUGGGAUCUGCUCAAUGUUCCUGUGGGAUCUCCUGGAGGUUCCUGUGAGAUCUGCUGGAGGUUCCUGUGGGAUCUGUUGGAUAUUCCCUUGGGAUCUGCUGGAUGCUUCCCCUGGGAUUUGGUGGAUGCUUCCCAUGGGAUCUUCAGGAUGUUCCUAUGGGAUCUUCAGGAUGUUCCUGUGGGAUCUUCAAGAUGUUCCUAUGGGAUCUUCAUAAUGUUCCCGUGGGAUCUUCUGGGUGUUUCCAUGGGAUCUUUUGGAUGUUCCCAUGGGAUCUGCUGGAUGUUCCCAUGGGAUCUGCUGGAUGUUCCCGGGGGAUCUGCUGAUGUUCCCGUGGGAUCUGCUGAUGUUCCUGUGGGAUCUGCUGGGCUUUCCCGUGGGAUCUGGUGGCCCUGACUCCCUGCUGGAGCGUUUUCCUGUUUCUUUUCUCCUCUGAACAGCCUUAAACCUCCCAGCCCUCGCCCAGGGCUUGAGGAGCCCCUUGGGGUCCCCCCGAGCCUCCCAGGUUCCUGUGGGAUUUCCUUUUGGGAUUCUGGAGCAGGAGGGGAGUCUGGAGUCCAUGGGAGAGUCAGGAGGGGUUGGGAAGGGCUGAGGGGGGGGGUCCCAGGACUGCACCCCCCCCCUCCCAAAUUCAGCCUCCUUGGAGCCCCUUUGACCUUUCCCCCUUCGUUUCCCACUCCAGGAACUUUGGGGUUAAACCCCCCUGCCCCCCCCCGGCCGAGGAAUCCCUGCUGGCAAAGGGAAUUCAGCCCAGACCGGAGGAACUGGUGGCUCCACUGGUUUGGGGGUGGCUCUGGUGUCCCCCUGGGGGGACAUGGCCGUGGGGACACCUGGAAAAUUUCCCUUUUAAAGCGUUUUUGGGGUAUAAAGGGGUGGGAGCCACCCCCUUCCUCACCACUCCCUGCUGGAUUUUGGGAAUUUCAGAGCCCCCCCUUGAGGAAUUCACCCCUUAUCAGCCACAAUUCUGAUUUAAAUCUACUUGAACCAUUUAUUUCCUUUUUCCACUGAAAUAUUCCCUUUAUAAUAGAGAAUUUUGGGAAUUUCAGAGCCCCCCCCUUGAGGAAUUCACCCAAUUUCAGCCACAAUCCCCAUCUAUUUUAACAAUUAAUUUUCUUUUUCCACUGAAAUAUUCCCCUUAAAUACAGCAUUUUUGUGAAUUUCAGAGGCCCCCCCUUGAGGAAUUCACCCCUUUUCAGCCACAAUUCUGAUUUAAAUCUUGUUUAACGAUUUAUUUUCUUUUUCCACUGAAAUAUUCCCUUUAUAAUAGAGAAUUUUGGGAAUUUCAGAGCCCCCCCUUGAGGAAUUCACCCUUUUCCAGCCACCCACAAUUCUGAUUUAAAUCUACUUGAACCAUUUAUUUUCUUUUUCCACUGAAUAUUCCCUUUAAAUACAGCAUUUUUCAGGAAAAACGAGCCCAUUGUUAAUGUGCCCAUUAUUUGUGGGCAUGGUUGGAAAAACAAAAAUUGUAACAUUGAAGAGAAGCUUUAUAUUCACAACAUUUGGGAAAAUAAAAAUAAAAAAUCCGGUGGGAGCUUGGAGGAA